GUUUUUAAAAUGGCGACUGUUGGAAACACAUCACUUCAUGCAGCAGAUAUUGCAAUUAUCAUAGUUUAUUUUAUAUUUAUAUUAACAGUUGGACUAUGGUUGGGAGCAUCUCUUUUUGCUAGUAAUAUCGGUAGUUUACAUUUCAUCGGUUUAGCGGGAUCUGGAGCUGCUGCAGGAAUUGCUGUUGGAGGAUUUGAACUAAACGCAAUCUUUGUACUCAUGAUGCUGGGUUGGUUGUUUAUGCCUGUUUAUAUAGCUUCCGGGGUUUUUACCAUGCCUGAAUACUUGCACAAAAGAUUUGGGGGACAAAGGUUACAAAUUUACUUGGCUGUUUUAUCUUUAUUACUAUACAUAUUCACAAAAAUUUCGGCUGAUUUAUUUGCUGGUGCAAUUUUUAUAGAACAGUCAUUAAAAUGGAAUAUUUACCUGUCAACUGCAAUUCUUUUAGUUAUUGCUUCAAUAUUUACAAUAACAGGAGGUUUAACGGCGGUAAUAUGGACGGAUUUUAUACAAACUGGGAUAAUGUUAUGUGGUGCAUUUUCUUUAAUGAUCAUGGCCUUUAUAGAAGUGGGCGGGUUCGAAAAUAUGAAAUAUAAGUAUGAACGAUCAAUUGCUAACUCAUCAAUAUAUUCUAAUUCUACUUGUGGUCUACCUCGAAAAGAUUACCUAAACUUCUUAAGAAGUCCUAAAGAGGGUGAUGUACCUUGGCCAGGAUUACUGGGAAUUACCUUUUCAUCAAUAUGGUACUGGUGUGCUGAUCAAGUUAUUGUUCAGCGAACCUUAUCUGGAAAAAAUUUCACACACGCCAAGGCUGGUUGUGUAUUAGCUGGCUAUUUGAAAUUACUUCCACUAUUCCUCUUGAUAUUCCCUGGAAUGAUCUCAAGAAUACUUUAUACGGAGGAAGUAGCUUGCAUUGAUCCUGAUGUUUGCUAUGAAGUUUGUAAAAGUAGGUCGGGAUGCACCAAUACAGCUUAUCCAAAAUUAGUAUUAAAUCUAAUGCCUAAUGGUGCAAGAGGCGUUAUGUUAGCAGUUAUUCUCAGUGCUUUAAUGUCGUCUCUUACGUCAAUUUUUAACAGUAGUAGCACUGUAUUCACUCUCGAUGUUUGGAAAAGAAUAAGAAAAAAUGCUCAAGAUUUUGAAUUAAUGAUAGUGGGAAGACUCACAGUUGUUGUCUUAGUGGGUAUAAGUAUUGCUUGGGUACCAAUCAUUCAAGCAACUCAGGGAAGUCAAUUAUUUGUUUACGUUCAAAGAGUUUCAAGUUUUCUUCAACCUCCUGUAUGCGCAGUCUAUGUUGCAUCUAUAUUUUGGUCAAGGAUGAACGAACAAGGUGCAUUUUGGUCAGCUGUAAUUGGUUUAGGUACAGGAUUACUAAGAUUUAUCUUAGAGAUUGUCUAUGGUAAUCCUCAAUGCGGAGAAGAGGACAACAGACCAUCUAUAAUUAAGAAUUUUCAUUACUUAUAUUUUGGAAUCUUUGUUUUCUUUUUCACUGUUUUAGUCGCAGUUGUCGUGAGUUUACUAACAAAGCCGUUACCAAAAAAAUACAGUAUAGGAACAACAUUUUGGUCAAGAUACUCGAAGAAAGAGAAAGCUGACGACGACUUACCAGUAGAGGUUGAUAGGAGCAAGGAAACCGUAAUUGAUAAUUCCAUGUUUGAUACAGGAGAAAAUAUACCUUGGUAUAAGAAAGCUUUCUUUUGGAUAUGUGGUAUAGAAAAACAAGAGCAAUCAAGAGAAACUUCAAUAAUUGAUGAUAAAAUGACUCUAAAGGAAGAUAGAUUAUACAAAUGGAUAUGUAACAUAAACGCUGUAAUUUUAUUGUCAGUUGCAACUUUCAUGUUUGGCUUUUUUAGUUAAAUGAGUUGUAAAAUAUUUAAAAAAUGUUUAAAAUUUUAUCACGCCAUCUCUUUCUUCUCUACUAAUUUCAUAAUUAAAUGUGUAUAAAAGAAAAACGAGACUAGGUUGUGAACAUUUUUAAAAAUUCAACAUAAAAGAAGAAGAAUUUACAUAAAUCGAAGAAAAAAAUACAAUUCAAAAGACAUAGGUAAAUUAUUCGUAUAAAUUUUAAUAACAAAAAAGGAAUUGUCUUUUAUAAUAAAUUAAAGCAAUGUCAAUAA